CUUUGGCUGCAAAUUACAGCUAAAGCAUGUCUCCCCAGUGGAUUCGUGUAGCUGGAGUGUUAGGGACGAUUCUGAGUGUUGUACUAGCAAUUUGGUGGGCUAACCUACAUAACUUAUACCACAGUUUCUUGCAGAAAAAGGAUUUUCCUCUUCUCACUAGACUCGACCCAGUUAAGGUUGGGUAUGUUCGUGAAMURARCUUGGUCAGCGGUCAUAUCCAUAAGAUACGGACACUGAGCAUGCGUCCUGCGUUAUUUGAAAUCGAAAAUUUCCUCAGCGAAGAAGAAUGCGAGGACAUCAUCUUCAUGGCGAAGACACAAGGUUUAGAGAGUAGUCAGACAAUUAUGAGUACACAUUCUAACUUGAAUGACACCAUCCUCAAGGAUUUGCUUGAAAGACCUAAGGAAACAUUUAACAAUGUAGAUGUAAAUGAAGACGGCGUAAUUGAUAAAUUAGAGCUCGCUGCUGGAUUGACACUUUUUAGUGAUAUCUUAAUCACAGAUGAAAUCGUGGAAAAGCUAUUGGACAAGUUUGAUGUAGACACAGACAAAAAUAACGUGAUAUCUCUGGAGGAAUUCACGUCCAUGAUCAAGCCACACAACCUCGAGAUGAUGAUUAACUACACAAACAGCAUGAAAGCAGACAAACCAAAGCUGAGAAUACGAGUCAGUAACACAGCUUUYCUUAGUCCCUUAGAACAUGUUGGAAAUAAGAAACUGUUUGAGAGCAUCAGGGAAAGAAUUCAACUUGUCACUGGUUUGCCUAAAGAUGUGAUAUGGUCAAGUGAGGAUUUACAGGUGUUAAGAUAUGAUGAAGAUGGUCACUACCACUGCCAUUACGACUCGGAGGAAGACGACUUUCCUACAAACAUAACCUGCUGUCAUUACCUAACGCAUGACUCUGAAGAAAAAUGCUUUCCAUGCAGGUUCAUAACGUUCUUUUACUACUUAAACGAACCAGAGGAAGGCGGGGAAACAGCUUUUCCUAUUGCAGACAACGACAGCACUGCCAUUGAGUCAAUACGAGGGGAGAAGCAUUACUUAUGUGAUCUUAGUAACUACUGYCACAAAGCUAAGAUUGCAUACAAACCUAGACGUGGUACUGCUCUAUUCUGGUACAACCACCAACUAAAUGAGAAAACAGGAUGGGUUGGACCACUUGAUAAAAUGAGCUAUCACGGCGGAUGUGAUGUUAUCAAGGGGACAAAGUGGGCAGCUAAYAAUUGGAUCAAUGCCGGCAAGAGUAGAGAAAAUGACAAGAAAUCAUGGGCUGAGUACAAGCAAUAUUUUGAAGACUUUGAUAAACCAAUUGAUGAAAGAACACAAUCCGGUGAACGACAAGGAAAAGGAAAUGAAAAUGAACAAAUGAAAAAUGAAAAACUUGUUAAAGAAUUGAACGACAAGAAAAUGAAGGAAAACGAAUAGAGAAAAAAACAAAUAGAAAUACGAACAUGAAUGAAAUCAGAAAACAAAUUAUACUCCAGAUCAAGAAAUAUUUUCAUGAUUUGAUAGAAACAGUUCAAAUUCACACAAUUCAAAUUCUUUUUUUAGAAUUGCAAAAAUGAAGAACAUAGUGAGUAAAGAAAAUAUAAGUAAUGUAUAAUAUCAUAUCAAUAUAUCUUUAUACAAUUUGGUGUAAAAUUAAUAGAUUUUUUGUAUCUUGUAGAAAUACAAACUAAUUCAAAUAAAUCCUAAAUUUUAUUAGAAAGAAAAAUGUUUUUUUUKUCUAUAUUUCAUGCUUGACACAAAUAAUCCUGAUGUCUGUGGUGGGAUCCCUGUGCCCGAUCUUACAUGAGGUAGGUCAUACACUGGUCAGGGGCCUUUUAGUGAACAAACAAUGUCAAGAUGGACAACCAAAAUUUACAAAAUAUAGUUAAUCUAGACGUCUAUCCUAUUCAUCAACAACAUUCAACAACAUUUACAACCCUAGUUAAACGUCUACAUGACGAGUUAGACAAGAAUGGCAUCGUUUUACUGCCCAAUUUCAUGACACAAAGAGCCAUUCAAGAAACUUUGAAAGACAUCGAGAAUUCUACGUUUUCACCUUACCGAAGAGAAGUC